UGGAACUCCAUAAAUUUAGUCUGGGAAGACUAAUACACAUUUUUUGUUUUAACUGGAAGGCAUUUGUAUUGUAAAAGUCGAUCCGAUUCAUCGCUGGAAUUUGAGAAAGUGAAAUAUUUUCAGUAGACUUUGCUCGUCAUGGAAAGUGAGGUGUCAGACUUCGACCAGGUUCAGGGAGUGGAGAGUGGCAUGGAUGGGGAGAAUGGUGAAAACGCUCCUGUGUACUGCAUCUGCCGCAAGCCGGACAUUAACUGCUUCAUGAUUGGCUGUGACAACUGUAACGAGUGGUUUCAUGGCGACUGUAUCAACAUGACAGAAAAGAUGGCCAAAGCAAUCCGAGAGUGGUACUGUGAAAAGUGUCGGAGCAAAGAUGAUUCUUUGGAAAUAAAGUAUCGUCCCAAGAAGAGCCGUGAAAGGGAAACUGAACAAGAGAGGAUGGACAAGCAAUGUGGCACACCUGAUUUCAAGUUAGAUCAACGUCGUGGAUCACGGAUCAAGCGCUCCGCUCGUAUGUGCGGUGAAUGUGAGCCAUGCAGAAGGACAGAGGAUUGUGCGCAGUGUGACUUUUGCAAGGACAUGAAGAAGUUCGGAGGUCCUAACAAGAUCCGACAGAAGUGCCGAUUAAGGCAGUGUGAGGUCCGAGCCAGGAAGAUGCUGCGGGUCCGGGACGAUGAGCUCACUCCAAUGAAAGAUCAAGACAGCUCUCUGCAGAGAAAUGGAAACUUCUCAGAUGAUUGUGAUGACCAAGAGAUGGAGUUCUACCAAAACUACAGGGAUGCUGGAUAUGAUGAUCACAACAUGCCCUGGUAUAGUGAUGAUGAUGAUGGUCCAUUCCUCGAUCCCGUAUUACGGAAGAGGGCUGUCAAAGUAAAACACGUGAAGCGACGAGAGAAGAAGUCUGAAAAGAAGAAAGAGGAAUACAAGUCUCGGAGGCACAAGCAGAAACAGAAACACAGGGACAGGGUGAAGCACAGUGAGAGGAGUGAUUCACGGGACACAUCGGGGCUGCGGCAGUGUCUGGGACCCAGCUGUGUGGAGGCGUCCCGACCCAACUCCAAAUACUGCUCUGAGGAGUGUGGCAUGAAGCUAGCUGCAAACCGCAUCUAUGAGAUCCUGCCACAGCGCAUCCAGCAGUGGCAGCAGAGCCCAUGUAUUGCUGAGGAGCAGGGCAAGAAGUUACUGGAGCGCAUCCGUCGGGAGCAACAGUCUGCACGGCUUCGCCUCACCGAGAUGGAGCGUCGGUUCCACGAGCUAGAGAAUAUCAUUGCCAAGGCCAAACAACAGGUGGUCCAGCAGGAUGAGGAGGUGAAUGAGGGAGACAACGAUGACACAGACCUGCAAAUCUUUUGCGUCUCCUGCAGCCACCCCAUAAACCCCAAAGUGGCGCUGCGGCACAUGGAGCGGUGCUAUGCUAAGUAUGAGAGCCAGACAUCCUUUGGCUCCAUGUAUCCCACGCGCAUCGAAGGAGCAACCAGGCUUUUCUGUGACGUGUACAACCCUCAGAGCAAGACCUAUUGCAAGCGACUACAAGUGUUGUGUCCAGAGCACUCCAGAGACCCAAAGGUGCCUGCUGAUGAGGUAUGUGGGUGUCCCCUAGUGCGCAAUGUUUUUGAGCCAACUGGAGAAUUCUGCAGGGUGUCCAAACGCAAGUGCAACAAGCACUACUGCUGGGAGAAGCUGAGGAGGGCUGAGGUGGACCUGGAGCGAGUCAGAGUGUGGUACAAGCUGGAUGAGCUCUUUGAGCAGGAGCGCAAUGUGAGGACGGCAAUGACCAACCGAGCAGGCCUCUUGGCCCUCAUGCUGCACCAAACAAUCCAGCACGAUCCCCUUACCACCGACCUGCGCAGCAACAAAGACAGAUAGUUGCUCACACAGUGUUUUUACAGAUAGCUCUCUGAAAACAGAUCAAGGUUGAGAAGAAUUUUUAUAAAGCAGCUUACGUGGAGUGAUGAAUUACCAACACAUUUGAUCUAAAUCCAUAAUGUACAGACAUUUACAUAAUUUGCUGUCAUGAAACGUAUAAACAUUGGGAAAUUCUGUUAAUUCUAUAAGGAGCUGUAACUGUAGGAUACAAUGUAUUCUGUAAAAAAAAAAAAAAAGCUACAAUAUUUGUCAUUUUUUACAGUUGCUUAUAGAAUUUUUAGAAUAAUCGCCCAGCUGUUAUAUAUCUGACUCCAAAUUUAUAUUGGUGUAACAAUGUACAACAGAGGUAUUUAAACUACUGUCUUUUGAUGACUUGUGUCCCAUAUGCUUAGACGACG